CCUGGGCCUCCCGCGAUGGCCUGCAUCAGGACUACACUUCCCAGAAAGCCAUGCGCGGCCGCGGGGUCUCCUGGGAGUUGUGGUCCGGACGGGACGAGUGCUCGCGAGGCGGGCGGGCGCGGGAACUACGUGUUCCAGGGUGCAGCGCGGCAGCCGCGGGGCCGGGAUUUGAACCGAGGGUCUCCAGCCCGCGGCCCGGCUGCGUCGUCUGCGGCGGGUGCGGGAGGCGGCGGGCCGGGUGCCGGCCGGAGGCGGAGGCCGGGCUGGGGGCGCUGCCCUCCAGGCCAUGAUGGGCAAGGAGGAGGAGAUUGCUCGGAUCGCCCGGAGGUUGGACAAGAUGGUGACCAAGAAGAGCGCGGAGGGAGCCCUGGACCUGCUGCGGGAGCUGAAGGCCAUGCCCGUCACACUGCACCUGCUGCAGAUGCUUCAGACGCCAAAGGCAGGGAUCGGCGGAGGGGCGGGGCUCUGCCCACAUCCUCAACAGAGGCCUGCGAAGCCAAGGAGCCCAGUCGCAAGAGGCCGGAGCUGCCUAGGACGCCGUCGACCCCCAGGAUCACGACGUUUCCCCCGGUGCCCGUCACCUGCGACGCCGUGCGCACCAAGUGCCGCGAGAUGCUGGCCGCAGCCCUGCAGACGGAUCAUGACCACAUGGCCAUCGGUGCAGACUGCGAGCGCCUAUCGGCCCAGAUUGAGGAAUGCAUCUUCCGGGAUGUGGGGAACACUGACAUGAAGUACAAGAAUCGUGUGCGCAGCCGCAUCUCCAACCUCAAGGAUGCCAAGAACCCCGAGCUGCGGCGGAACGUGCUGUGUGGGGCCAUCGCGCCCCAGCAGAUCGCGGUGAUGACGUCGGAGGAGAUGGCCAGCGACGAGCUGAAGGAGAUCCGCAAGGCCAUGACCAAGGAGGCUAUCCGUGAGCACCAGAUGGCCCGCACGGGCGGCACGCAGACCGACCUGUUCACCUGUGGGAAGUGCAGGAAGAAGAGCUGCACCUACACACAGGUGCAGACCCGCAGCUCUGAUGAGCCCAUGACCACCUUUGUCGUCUGCAACGAGUGUGGAAACCGCUGGAAGUUCUGCUGAGCCCUCAUGCACGUGUGCCUGCAGCCCUGGGCCGUGGCCAGCGCUGGCGGCCCUCCCCAUAGACAGCUUCUCUGGAGACCCACCCUCAGCCGGCCCAGGUUCCCCGGAAGCAGUGCGUCCUGCCCCCACCUGCCUGCAGCACAGCUUUCUCCCAAAUUAUUAAAUGUUUCUUUUUGCCA